ACGGGAAUGUUCAAUGGGGCUAACAACACCCACAUCCCACAUGGCACAUUCGUUGAUGUUUCUGGAACCUCGGGACUGAGAUUCAACAUCAACAACGUUACUGCCGACCCUUUGAAAGGCUUAUACGACCUGCUACACCCAGUUCAAGCUUCGUACAAGGAUCGCUCAGGGAAACUCGCUCGAUGCUUGGAGGGCACCCGGGAGAAGGUCCUGCACGAGAUCAAAACCUGGGUAGACGGUACUCUCCCGAUUUGCUGGCUUAAUGGCCCGGCUGGGUUUGGGAAGUCGACCAUAGCGCAGACCGUUGCAGAAUGGUGUGCUGAUGAAGGGAGGCUUGCUGCCAGCUUUUUUUUCUUUCGGGGAAUGGGAAACCGAGAUAAGAUUUCCCAUCUAAUCUCUACGCUCGCUUUUCAACUCUCAACUACAAUUGAAAACAUAGAACCGUUGAUCAAGGAUGCGCUCACAAAAGAACCCUUCCUUUCACAGCGGGGUAUUCGACUCGGGUAUCAAUUUGACAAAUUGAUCAUGGAUCCCAUGCUCUCCCAUGUACAAUCAACGUCCACACAGAAUGAUGCCGUACAAAAACGUAUGGUGAUAGUUAUUGAUGCCCUCGAUGAAUGUGAAGUCGGGGACGGAGAAUCGAUGGACGAGUUCAUCGACGCUGUAAUUGAUGCGUGCAGGUCCAAGGGAGGCCGGGUCCCGUUUCGUCUCUUUAUCACCAGCAGAGUCGAAGAACAUCUUCGGCUAAGACUUGAAACAAUAGAUGCCAAGGAGGUCUCCCUUCAGUUGAAAUUGCAGCAGUAUAAUGCUAGCAAGGACAUUCGCAUGUUCUUUCAGUCCGAAUUUGCGAAUAUAUAUGCCGCCAAUCGUUUACUCAUGGUUGCGGAUGGUGUUCCAGAGCCUUGGCCUUCAUGGGAUGUCCUUGACACCUUGGUUGAUAAAGCCGCUGGUUCCUAUAUCUAUGCAUCGACGUUCGUCAAUUUUGUCCAAGAAGCAAGGGGAAUGGCGCACCGACAGCUCAUAGAUGCGUUAAAGGCACAUGGCCUGGAUCCUCUGUAUAUGCAGGUGUUUUCCAAGGCUUCAUCUGCCGAAGUUGUAUCUGGAAGCAUGGUUAACCUCAAACAAGUAAUGGGGAUCUUGUUACAUCUUACAAGCCCAUUGUCCAUCCGAGACCUCGCUCUCUUGAUUGAUGUCCCACUGCGAGACCUUCUCAGGGCAUUCUUCGGGAUUCAAUCUAUUCUCAUUAUCCCCGAAUCCAACAACAGUCCGGUGCACUUAGUUCAUACGUCACUCCGAGAUUUCCUAACGACACGGUCACGCUCGGGUGGCUAUUUCAAUAAUCCCCCUGAUUGUCACGCUUCCAUUGCAAUACGUUGUAUGAAUAUUAUGCAAAGAAAUGGGGGCCUCUUUUGGUUUAUAGAUGGGCCCGUGGGGUAUGCAUUCAAGUAUUGUCUUGAUCAUCUUCAACAGGCUGUUCAUGGUUGGAAGAAUUAUCAUUCGGAGUCACCUUUAUUUAUUUCAUUGAGCAAUUCUCUGACGGACUUCACUGGUAGUGUUCUUGACCCUUGGGUGCAUACUGCCAUCCGAAGCGGAGCACCAGAAAUGUUAUCAGGUUUGGCAAAAUCAUCAGAGGAUUGGUCGCAAUGCCCCAAAAAGUUACGUUCGGCAUUAAAUAGCCUAAAUAGCAUGAUAGAGCAUAUAGAGGUACGAAAUUAUUGAUGAUUCAUGACGAGGCAUUUUGAACCUUUUCGGGGCCCAACGCAUAACGUUUCAGAAAGCUGUGCGUGGCAUAUCUCACGAUAGAUAAUUGAUGACCUGUUUUAUUUAUUGGUGCAUUGGAUCGGCAGGUGGUAAGUCUUUGUGUGUUG